UGAAAAAUGCUUCCUCGACGCGAAUCAUAAAAUAUCCCAGGUGGGAACCUUUUAUUUUACACCUGUGCCAGUAUCACAGUCAGGGAGCUUUUAAAAACACUUUACAAACCCUUUAUUUAAACUCUAACGACGAGGUUGUGGCUCCUCUGCUCAUGCGCACAACAACUUGGUAUCAAAUCUCGAUAGGUAGCACUUUUCGACAUAACACCGGCUGCAGUAAACACGAACAAGAGAGACACACAUCCGCGGGAACACCGGAGCACACCUUUCAGAACGACCAUGUUGAGGAGGAAACCGACUCGUCUGGAGCUGAAGAUCGACGACACUGAAGAGUUCGAGAGCGUCAAGAAGGAGCUUGAGGCCAGGAAACGUCAGAGGGAGGAGGCGGAGUCAGGAGGGGUGGGCGGGGCUUCUGUGGUCAGUGUUGACAUCAUUGGGGGCGGAGCCUCUGCCUCAUCAUCUUCCACUGCAGCAUCAAGGGCGGAGCUAAUCAAUGAGCGGAUCGGUUACAAGCCCCACCCCAAACCGGCCACUCUGCCGACCUUAUUUGGAAGUUUACAGUUUUGAUAAAGAAUAAAUAAAAAUGUUGAGAAC